AUGGAUACGUUAUUCAAUUCCACCAAGACCAACCCAAGAGGGAUUCCUGAAGCACCGUUUGUUGAAAAGGUGGAGGCUUAUAUUAAGGACCCCAAUGACUUUGAUAUGUGCUUUAGCAAGUUCCAAGAACGAUUGUCGAAAUACAAAUUCAUGCAAGAAUCCAAGCUGAGCAACAUAAGGCAAUUGAAUACCAGAAUCCCCGAUAUUGAAAAUACGUUAAAGAUCUGUCGCACAUUAAAAUCGCAGAAUAAACCUGUAGGCACCAGCUACCAACUGAAUGAUACCCUUUUCACCAAGGCGUUGGUCGAGACUGGAGAGGAUAUGAAAGUGGGUCUCUGGCUCGGCGCAGAUGUUAUGCUGGAGUAUCCGGUAGACGAAGCCAUCGAUCUGCUGACUGAGAAACUGGAGAAGGCCAAGAAGGACUUGGAAAUAUCGACUGAAGAUAUGGAGUUCCUGAGGGAAAAUAUAACUACGAUGGAGGUGAACUGCGCCAGGUUGUACAAUUGGGAUGUGGAGAGGAGGCAGGCUAUGAAGCAAACCGAAGAAGCUACGCAAAACUUGACAAUUUAA